CAUUCUUACAUUGGUAGUUAUAAUAGAUUUAGUAUUCACAUUCCUGAGAAAAGCUCUCAUACUUGUUAGCUACAACUGUGUACAGACCUUGAAGCUGCAGCCACUUGUAUCUUCAGGAUACUCCUGUCUGCCUCCCUCCACAUUCCUUUUCUACUUUGUAAUAAAAGAGAAAGCCCUAACAAAGGGUCUUCAGAGCGCUCAGUGAACGGCUUGAAGCAGCAGUUUGCUGGGUUCUCUCCUUUUGCAAAAGCUUUCAUAAAAUUCACUUGCGUUGUCUGUUUGUUCUUUUAUCUAGAUUCACAAAUACCUAUCAUUUUGGUGCCGUGACCCGGAUCUCGCGUUUUGUUCGCUGACAGAUGAAGAACGACGCGCUGAUGUUUUUCAGCUAAAUUCCCAGGAAACCACUCCCAGCAAGCCAGGAGACUGUGUGUUUAUCAAAGUCAUAAAGAGGAAGAGCUGAGCCAGCCCGCGGUGGGAGGGACCAUUCUAAGUGCUGAUAACAACUCCAACUGCUGUAAAGAUUGCUGAACGACCCAGCUGGAUUCAUCUCAGUCACUGUAUGUUGCAGAAAGUGUUGGAAGCCUAGGUUGGAGCAGCUGGGAGUCCACCUUCACAGGGGUUUGGCUUUUUAGGGUCACUCGUCUCAACGGUGGUGAAGAAAUCAUCAACCCCCUGUUCUAUAGAGUCCUAGGUACAUUCUAACAUCUCUGUAAUCUGAGCAGCAAUGGGAUUCUCACAGGCCAGGUGGAAUCUCUGCUGCGCUGUGACUGCAGCAUGUUUUUUGUUCUGGAGUGGAAGCUGCCUCAGCCUCCACAAGAUGAGGAGAGAAGCACAAACACUCUUCUCCAGUCUCAUCCACAUGACUACAGCACUAACCUGUGGUGGCAACUAAUGAACAGGACUGCUCACGAGGUGAACUGCUAUGUGUGUGCACAGCUGCCCUACGCCACACACAACUCAGGCCUUCGACCAGGUAACAUCACUGAUGACAAACAGAUGUGUCUCUAUGGCCUGAGCACACACCCACGGUACAACAUCCCCAUACCAAAGGGAUGCAGAUGGUGCAAAAAGAACUAUUCUUUUUCACUUUGGACAGGAGCUGCCGCUAAAGGACUUUUUGGAGCUAUGAACUGUUCACUUGCUACUGAUGUUCUUCCAUUUCCACAGACUGUGAUGAAAAUACCAGAGAUCAUUUCCUUGGCAGGGGCCAAACCAGGAUCUCUCAGGAGCUGCAUUUACAACAAUGGACCUACAACACUGGGAAUGCUCCCAUGGAACCUGUGUAACACAGUUUACACCUUCUGCGAAAAAACACCGGAAUUCGUCGACUGCAUCGCCUGCAGAGGUCAGGAGCCAACCCCAGGAUGCAGCAUCUGGAACGACAAUCCAGACUGUCACAAUUUGCUUCAGGAAAGGAGGAUCGACAUCACUCAGCAGACGAGAGGACGACAGGAGACAGCUCGUUGCAGCGCCAUAGUGCCAGGAGACUAUGGUCAACGGGUGAUGGCUGACUGGUACUUCCUGUGCGGACAUGGAGCUUACAUGUUUUUGAAAACCGUGUUGUGUUGGCUUUUCUCACAACCUCUCAAGGAGGCGUCUGCAAGAUCAUAGGUUCAACAUGAGAUGAAAGAGGAACUGGUGGAACUAUUUAUGAUGCCCUGCAUGAUUUGGAAGAGCUUAAGAACUAUGUGGACAGUGCAACUCAGGGCUCUCAAACUUUUGACUUUCUUUCUUGGCUGACCUCCAGACUCUGGUGGCAGCUUUUGUUUAAGAUUGGAACACCCAUCUUGACUGGACUGAUCCUAUUCUGUCUGUUCACAACCUGCAUCAUUCCAUGUCUUUGAAGCAUGAUGUUAAAGACAUUUAACACUGCUCUGGUUGGUCAGGGUAAUCUCUGACACAGAUGAGGACUACAUGUUGCUCCAGAAGAAAGAAGAUGACUGGAAAACGAGUACAUAUGAUGAUGAUGUCUUGUAAAUUAAUAAACAGAUUCAAUCAUUUGCUUGAUGACUCCUACACUGAAAAUGUGAAAACAAAUGGUGUUAGUGAUGAUAACUGCAUUUGAUUUUCUGCUGUUUGUCUGUUUUUGGGUUGUUGUUUUUUUUUUGUGUCCUCAUUCUUACAUUCAACAUUAUUAUAUCAUUAACACAACAUUAUAUGCAUUUGGUUUUUAAUGUUUCUUUUAUAUUUCUUUUUUCUAUCCUUAUAUUAUAUAUUAUGCAUUCUACAACUCUUGUAUAACAUGUGUAAUCCAUUCUUUUUCUUUUUAUACUAUUUUUUUGCAUAGUUAUUACGUAAGAAUGAUAAACAGGGGGGGAAUGUUAGAAUAAUUCUGUUUUGUUAUCAUUCUUACAUUGGUAGUUAUAAUAGAUUUAGUAUUCACAUUUCUGAGAAAAGCUCUCAUACUUGUUAGCUACAACUGUGUACAGACCUUGAAGCUGCAACCACUUGUAUAUUCGGGAUACUCCUGUCUGCCUCCCUCCACAUUCCUUUUCUACUUUCUACUUUGUAAUAAAAGAAAAAGCCCUAACAAAGGGUCUUCAGAGCGCUCAGUGAACGGCUUGAAGCAGCAGUUUGCUGGGUUCUCUCCUUUUGCAAAAGCUUUCAUAAAAUUCA